AUGAGAGCACUUCCGCCCUUCUCCAAGAUGGCGCCGGCGGAAGGGGCAGCGUACCGCCGAAGGGUGAUGGCAGCGUCGAGGCUGGAGCUGAACCUGGUGCGGUUGCUGUGCCGCUGCGAGGCGAUGGCAGCGGAGAAGCGGGACCCGGACGAGUGGCGUCUGGAGAAGUACGUGGGAGCCCUCGAGGACAUGCUGCAGGCCCUAAAAGCCCAGGCAAGCAAACCAGCCUCCGAGGUGAUCAAUGAAUAUUCCCGCAAGGUCGAUUUCCUGAAGGGGAUGCUGCAGGCAGAGAAGCUGACCUCCGCCUCCGAGAAGGCCCUAGCCAACCAGUUUCUGGCCCCUGGCCGUGUACCAACCACAGCCAGGGAGCGGGUGCCUGCCACCAAGACGGUGCAUCUGCAGUCGCGGGCUCGGUACACCAGCGAAAUGAGGAGUGAGCUGCUAGGCACGGACUCUGCUGGAGAGCCCCAGCUGGAUGUGAGGAAGAGAACCGGGGUGACAGGGCCCAGACCAGGGGAUGAGAAACAGUCGGCAGCCGAGCUGGACCUCGUCCUGCAGCGACAUCAGAACCUCCAGGAGAAGCUCGCGGAGGAGAUGCUAGGCCUGGCCCGGAGCCUCAAGACCAACACACUGGCCGCCCAGAGCGUCAUUAAGAAGGACAACCAGACCCUGUCACACUCCCUCAAGAUGGCUGACCAGAACCUGGAGAAGCUGAAGACAGAAUCCGAGCGGCUGGAGCAGCACACACAGAAGUCAGUCAACUGGCUGCUCUGGGCCAUGCUUAUCAUCGUCUGCUUCAUCUUCAUCAGCAUGAUCCUCUUCAUCCGCAUCAUGCCCAAACUCAAAUAAAGACCUGUCUUGGCCCAC